ACCAAUUUUGACUAAUCACAGGCUUCACUUGCUGAAUGUCCAGUAAAAACAAAUGGGCAAAAUAUAUUAGCAGAGUUUUCCUUGUUUUUGUAUGUGAGAGAUUCCCUAGGGAGCCUACAUGUGAAAAAAAUUUUGGAUCAAAAGAAUUUCUUCACAUGAUUUCUGGAGAAGUGACCAUUAUAGUUUGCCUCAUUCAUUCAUUUGAGCAUUAUAAUUACAAACCUGUAGUAUAUCAUGGAAUGAAUUUGGACCAAACUGUAGAGAAAUUUAUACCACCCAGUCCCCCUGUUGUAUUUCUAAAGCAAGAGGUCUCUUUAAGGGCCAGUCUGACACCACCAUUCAUUAAUUAUACAUAUGACAAACUGAAGGUAAUUCAUCAAGCUCAUAAAUUAAACGCAAAUAAACUUGUGUUGAAUUUGGAAACUGGGAGACCCCUGGUAAAAGAAGGUAGCAUUCUGGAAGCUGCUAGAAUCAGCAAUGAAACUGAAAUUGCAUCCUUCCAUGAAGAGGAUUAUGAGAACUGCAAAGCUAAUCCCAUUUCAUCCUAG